AUUUGAAAGGAUUAUAUGUGUUUGUCUGUUUUUGCUUGUGCAUGCGGUUCUGAUGAGCCUUCCAUUUAUGGGAGUUUUCUCUCCCUUGAGGAACACCGCACGUCCCAGCUGCCGCCCCUGGAUCUCGACAAUGGAGAAGAUGAUUCCACUUCACUCAAAAGUGACACUGACCUCAAAUUUUCUGACGAAGUGGAAGGUGUCAAAAGAGGAGCCGAAGAAGAGUCAAUGGAAUGCAAGAAGCAGAGAAUAUCGGAAAGUGCUGAAGAAGAGGUCGACAAAAAACCAGUGGCAAAGAAGCAGUCGGACAACCUGGAGAGGCGGCUGUCACACGACAAGGGACCCGCUCCACCACCGCCCCCGCAAGCUGCUGCCCCCACAACACCGGCCUCCACCCCCGCCAUUCCGAAACCAGUGCCGGAAGCACCGGAACCGGACGACGAACCUCCAGUUGCCGCCCCCAAGACACCCUCGCCGCCGCCUCCAGUUGCCGCCCCCACCACUCCGUCGCCACCGCCCCCCGUUGCCGCCUCAGCCACUCCGUCGCCGCCUCCAAGCUUACCGGCGUCGUCGCGCCAGUCGAGUUUCGACGAGGAUGAAGGAGAGGAGGAGGAGGAGAAGGAGAACAGUGUGUCUGUGCCUAGCCCUCCCCCUCCCCCUGUGGUGCCUGCUCCGGUACCGCCGCAGCCUCUUAUAACCAAUCACGCCGAGGUGAAGAAGCGAGAGAGAGAAAGCCGCGGCAAGCAGACUCGGCCGAUGUCGAUGAUGAACGGUGGCGGGGUGCAUGGGGGUGAGGGUGGUGGUAGCGGCCCCCAGCUGCGCGCGCGUAGUUCGUCGGCCUCCAACCGCAACCGCCGCCGCCCCGCGCCGCCCCCGCUCAGUGACGAGGUCAUCUCGGCGCUCGCCGCCCCCGCCAAAGCCGCCACACAGCCUGCCUUUGUGCCGCCUCCCGUGCUGCCAGAAAUCGUCAUUCUGUCUGGCUCUCAAGAUGAGGCGGCGAACAACACAUCAGGAACGACAGUGCGCAUCCUGAGCGAUGAGCCACCGACCAGUCGAGACAUCCUCGAAUCCAAUGUUACCGUGGUGACCACAACGCAUCCGCCGGUGUUGCAACACCAUCCGCCCCCGGGGGCAGGCGCCACCCCCACGCCGCCCCUCGACGCCUCCACGCCCCUCAAGAGCCAGGUCAUCAUCGUCGCCAACGAAAACAACAAGACACGGGUGAAGGGUUCAAUAGAAGAGGAUGAAGUGGUGGUUGUCAACCAGAGUGCGACGAGUGAUUACGACGAGUCGCUCCACGACAUGACUCACGUCUCGGUGGUCACGGUCGGCGAAGAGUCCGAGCAAGUCAAGGACUCGCGAAUCGACUCCGACAGCAAUUGGAACUCUCUUGACGGCAUUGAAGCCGAUUCGCUGAUGGUGGUUGGCGCGAACAGUUCGACUACGUCGAUUGUAGUUGAAAGCAGCAAGUCGCCGCCGCCUGCGGCCAAGUCAGCCGCAACCGCAGCCGCAGUCAAGUCGAAGCCGCAACCGACGACCGCUCACAGCAAGCUGAACGGCCAGCCGCCACCCCUCCUCACCUCCACAGACACAACAGAUCCCGAGGAGGUCUACAUUAUUGUCAACAAGUCCACCAAUGUGCACCGAAAGACAUCAGGCGGCAGCAGCAGUCCAGUGAGUGGGAGUGGGGGUGACGGUGAAGAUGGCGGCUCGACACGCAGCGGCCACCGCACACCGCCGUCUGCGGCCAGCACACGUGCAUACGACCGCUCCGACGCAGAGAGUGUGUCGACCACCAUCAGUCAGGACAGUCGCGGCAGCAACAAGGAGAAUCGGCCCACUCCACACCUGCAGCCGCCCACACCCGCAACCCAGCAAGUUGUCAUGAGAAAAAAGACUGAAUACAAUAGGGAUACAAAUCGCCACAGUCGAUCAAAAGAAGAAUUAGAAUUACGCAAUUUGAAGAAGAAAACGAGGAAACGAACUCGUAAGUUUGAAAUAGACGGAGUUGUUGUUACGACGACGACUAGCAAGGUGAUUUAUGGUGAUGACGAGAAUGGCCAGAUCUACGACGAUCACAUUUUCAGGAAACAAGAACUUCGAGAACUAAAAAUGCUUCAAAAACAAGAACAAAAACAAUUCCAAGAACUGUCAUCCAAAGCUCAGUCGUCUAAAGAACAACAGGACAAAAGGUUUGAGCAGGAGCGAGUGAAUCUGUUCAGGUCGUACGAGGCUGACCUGGAUACGAUGGUUCGCCAGCAGCGACAGCAAAUUGAAAAGACUGAAAUGCAACAGGAGGCCGACCUCAGGCUCAACUCAAAGAAAAUUCGCGCCGAUCAGGAGAGAGAACUGAAGGAGUUCAGAGAAAGUCAAAAACAAGAGCUUAGACUCCUCAAACAAGAGGUUGAUUUGAUGCCUAAGGAUAAAAGAAAAAGUGUUUUCAAAAAUCGAAAAGAAAGAUUGGAAACUGAACAUGAAGAGAGGGAGAAAUUAUUUUUAGAAAAAUUGAACGAAACCCACGAAAGCUCCCUUAGAAGGCUUAGUGAUUCGCAUAGAGAAAGCAUAGCCCGAAUGGAGCAGCAAUUCUUGUCUUCUAAACAACAGUUAAUGAGAGCCCGUGAAGCUUCUCUGUGGGAACUGGAAGAGAAGCAAAUACAUGAGAAACAACAGUUAGCCAAGAGGCUAUUGAAAGAUGGAUUUUUCCUGCAGAGGCAUCAGAUGCUAAUAAGGCACGAAAAGGAGUUGGAGCAGAUGAAGAGGAUGAACCAGCGGAAAGAAGAGGACCUGAUCAAACGGCAGACGGUUGAGAAGAGGGCGUUGCCGAAGCGCAUCCGGUCUGAGAUGAAGGCGCGGGAGAUGAUGUACCGGGAGUCGCUGCGCAUCAGCAAUCACGGCGAUCCCGACAUGGAGAGGAGCAAGUUGAAGAAGUUCCAAGAAACUGAGAAGAAACGUUACAAAGCUGAGACGCUGAGAUUCGACCUGAAACACCAGCGGCAGUUGGAGGAGCUGAGAGCUGCUGCUGAAACUACCAUCAAAGAGUUGGAGCAGCUCCAGAAUGAGAAGAGGAAGAUGUUGAUGGAGCAUGAGACGAUGAAGCUGAAGGAGCAGGAGGAGGCGUCCAGCAAGGAGCUCAAAGAGUGGAAGGCACAGCUUAAGCCAAGGAAACAGCUGCUUGAAAUGGAAAUGGCCGAUGAGUUUGUGAGGCUGGAGGAGCGGACAGGCGUCGAAUUGAGUCGGCAUUCGGUGCAUCUGCCCUACAACUACAACAGCUUGCAAAGCAAGUCGGUGCCCACUUCGCCCAAGUAUUACCGCUCCCGCUCCCACACCACCUCUGUGCCCAACUCACCCAAGACCCGAUUCACCAUUCCCCGCGCUCAGCUCAGGCUUGAUGCCAACAACUGUGACACCUAUUGAUGUCCUCCAUAGAAGUGCUUUUAUGCAAUCAACUGUGACACCUGUUCAUGUACUCUAUAAGAAAUCGUUGAUGCAAUUCAAAUAAUGUUAACUCUUUGAAUCACCAAAUUGAUCGGGAAAAAGUGAAUCAAAAGUCAUUCAUUAAAGAACUUUGAUGCAAUUCAAGUCAUGUAAACUCUUUGAAUCAUCAAAUUGAUUGGGAAAAAGUGAAUCAAAAGUCAUUCAAAAAGUAAUGUUAAACCUUGGAAAAAUCACACCUAUUGAUGCCCUCCAUAAAAAACUUUGCGAUUCAAGUUAUUUAUGUAAAACCUUUGAAAUACAAAAUUGAUUCAAAAGUCAUUCUAAAAGUAAUGUAAACCCUUUGAAAAAUCACACUCCGCGUUUUUUGUUUUUUGAUAGAUAUUUGCGAUCCGGGUGAUGCAAAACUAUUGGAAAAUCACACUCUAUGUAGGAGAUAUUAUACGAUCUUACAUAUGUUGAUGCUGUACAAGUGAUUGUCCUUGUAGGAUCAAAUUUAAUACGAUUUACUUCAAAGAUGGUUGAAAUUUUGAGCAGUCCCAUUUAGAAUCACGUUCCACGUAUCACAUUAGAAUAUUUCUCAUCACUUCGUUACUAUUGAAGUGAUGAUAAAAAUUUUAUCCAAUAUUGUAUUUUUUCGUGGCUAUUCUAGUGAUGACGACCCCUUUACAAUCAAAUUCUAUUUAAUAGAAAAAUUGUAUAUAUUUUGAGUAGGUCUAACCUUGCAACAAAUUACUUGAUCGUUUUACUAAUCUUACUACGUUUUACUAUUUUUAAUACGAUACUGUAUUGAUAGUUUGCAAAGCUUUUGAUAGUUUUAAUGUCAUCAGACAUGUCUAUUUACAUCAUACAUCUAUUAUUAUAUUAUAAUGCCUAUAUAGAUCGCAGGCAAACAUUAUCAAUGCCAUAAUUUCGAAUUCGUCUAUUAUAUGUUGAAUUUUGUUUAAUAUAAAAAGUAUAAAUUAUAAAACUUAUGGUAAAACUACAAUGUUCAGACAUAACAGAAAAUUCUCAUUCGAAUUAAAUUGAAAAAUAAGUUUCUGUCCGGCACUCUAUGUUUUGUAUUUGCGUUUGACUUAGUGUCGAUAGAUGGGAAUCAGGUUUGAUCAUAAUUUUAUACCACAUUAAAAUCUUAUCAAUGUCAAAAAUAGUCAUUUUAUAGUAUAUUUUCUUUUGAUAUUAUAUCUACGAAACGAAAAUAUUGAGCUAUAGUCAUGAAAAAUGUUAUAUUAUAGAGUAGAUAGUUCACUUUAUAUUUUAAUAUAAAAUGGAAUUAAGCUUGUUUUAAAGUACUGUAGCUUGAAUUAUUACAAUAGAUGUGCUUUUCUGAAGCAUAGACAUUUUUUCCAAAUAUUCUACCAAUAUAUAAAAUAUAUUAUAUUGGUUUUUAGUCUCUUGUCUUUUAUGAUACUCUCUCUUAUAUUAUUCAUUCCACAUACUCUAGUGCACCACAGUACUUUAUUUAGCUCUGGGUAUGCUAUUUAUUCAAUCUUAUUUAAACCAAGAUCGUUCAUAAGAUGAAGCAAAUAAACCCUCAUCAAACUUCAAGUACAUCACAUUUCCCAAGAUUUCCAAUUAUUUGUGUAUUUGAAACAGUUGUUGAGAUCAAGCCCAGUGAGUGCCUUCCAUUGGAAAUGAGCGAAUUUGUCUGGUGGAAUCCGUGUAUGUCGACGGGUGAUUCACUGUUACUGUUUUGCAGCUAUUGUUUCCAUCAGGAUAUGCUGCAACUGCAUUCUUGUGAAUGGCAGCAGUGCUUGUGUUUAAUCUGUGUGUAUGGUUUCUCAUCCAGCUAAUGCCACUAAUAAUUCCAUUGGAUGUUUCAGGCUGGGCUGCUUGUUUUUCAUUUUUUCCGUUCUAUUUCAGAUUAAUAAUCCAUAAUAAAGUUGAUUGAUGUAUGAACGAGACAGUAAGUCUCAUUAGGAAAACAGUUACAUUAGGUUUGGACACGAUCAUAGAUAAAAAAACGUAUCAAUUGCUCACUAGAUGAACAUUCAAGUAUUUUUUGUUCUAAACAGAUCCUUAAAACUGCAAAACUCGAAGUGCGGUAUUGAUAUAAUGUUCACAUUACAUUACAAAUUUUCAAACGUCAUAUUUUUAUCUUUUCUCAUUUCACUCGUAAAUUUAUUUACGUAUAUUUAUUAGCCUUUUCAAUAGGGUAAAAUCGGAUAAAACAAUAAAUAAACUGUAAAGUUGGAAAAUGUUCAAUAGUAUGUUGAAUUUCUAUUUCUCAAAAUUUCAAUAAAAUUGAUACAUCAUUCCAGCUAAAAAUAGAAGAACGUCUUCCUUUGAGCAACUUUCUUGUUAUAACCUAUGUUAUAUUUGACACUUAUAAUUAAUUAUACUUGCAGGGUAAGAUAAUAAAGCUUUACGAGUUUAUAAAAACAGUUGCGUUUCAACCCUAAAUCAUGAACAUUAUUUACAUUUAUAAAAAUCUAACAAUUUUUCAUCUCUGCACAGUAGCGAUUACCAUUAAUAGCAUCUUGUAAAACUGCUAACAUGUUUUUGGAUUCAAUAUCUAAUGACGAAAACGAAACUUAUUACUGCAUAGCACAAAUUGAAAAUCACGCUUCCAUCAUUGAUAAACACAUCACUUCAGAUAUUCGUAAAAUACCAUCUCUUCUAACAAUUUGAUAAUAUAAAAGAGGGUUUCACGUCAAUUCUUCAUGGUUAUAAUUUUAAUGUUAUAUUGUUUUGGUAAUAUGAAAUAUUUUUUUUAAUGUUUGUUUAUCGUGUGUGUAUGUGUGUGUCUCUCGCAAAAUUAUGUAUUCUGCGAAGUGUAUCUGUUCGUUGGUGGGAAUAAGUUACUAAUUUUUUCCAGCUUUGUUAUAGCAAGAGUAUUUAUGCUCAUUUAUUAUAUGGUAUUAUAUUUUUAGUACAAAUCUUAUCGAAGAAAUAUUCCACUAUGGUGAUGGUCUUAAAACGUAUUAUCUAUACAAUGAUUCUAUAUUUUUAUUAUAUUUAUCUGAUAUUGAAUUUAGUUUCACACAUUUAUAAAAAAUACUUUCUAUUCCUUAUUUGCCUUACUCAAUAAUUUGCGUUCAUUGUUUAUUGCCUUAGCCAAUCAUAAAAGCAAAGUUGAUAAUUUCUAAUAGUAUGUUGAAUUUUUAUUUCUCAGAAUGUCAAUUAAAUUCUUUCAAACCGGCUAAAACGGAAGGUAUUACAAGGAAUCGAUUAUACAGUAUAUAAUACAGUAAAUUAGCCCUCAUUGAUCAAGCUUUAUAAUCGAAGAUCAGCGAUAAAAUAAAUUAGUAGUAGGUUAUUAAUUAAUUCUAACUCAAUUGAAUUUCAAUGCAAUUCCAUUAAGUAGAUCUGUUGAAAUUUUCUCAUUUAUGGAGUUUUAAUUGAUAGAAUCAAGCUUAAUGUAUAUUAUCUAUUCACUUAUCAAUAUUAUACCAGAACUUUAAUUAGAAUAUAUAAGAUAUAAUUUACUUCCUUAUUUUAGUUUAAACUUUCACUUACCCCUUUCAUCGUAAUUACUUCACUCUCAUGAAUACUCUCGUCGUUUUAACAUUUGCAAAAUUCCAAAAUAUGCUUGUUCACAAAUUUACUGCAUAUUAUAAUUAUUCUAUAUAAUGCUUUUUUGUUGCUUUUCAACCUAAUACCAUGCGCUGAACCAGCACAUUAACAUAUUGGGGAACUUGGAAUCAGCUAUAUAUUUUAUUUAUAAUUUUAGUUUAUCUCGCACCUUGACAUUUUCAAUACUACUAGCACCUCAUAAAAUCUAUAAACAAGAACAUAAUCAUCACAUCACGCAUAACAUUCAUAAAAACAUGUCGGUGCAUGUUGGAUUUGUGUGAGCUCAUUUAUUGUUGAACCAAAUUAACCUUUCCCAUUGACCACUCAUUCAUAUGAAGAUCAUCGUAGAUGACACGAAUAAACUAGAGGAGCAGUUUGCUCGACAGAUCGAGGAGCAGGCGGCCAUCUUUGGUCCCCUGCAGACGCUGCCCCAUGACCUUCCUGACCUCUCGCCGCAUCAGCACCAUUUGCACCAUCACCACCACCACAGCUCCACGCGCAGUUCUCUCUCCUCCGUCUCGGCCGACUAAUCCACUUCAACUCACACUAUUUCAACAGUUCACAAUAUACACUUGAACUCAGCUAUAAACUUUCACUAGUUGAACUUCCAACUCGACCCAAAGUCAGACUAUUCCAAGAGUUCAGGAUACUUGAACUCGACUAUGAACUUCCACUAGUUGAACUUCCAACUCGAUCCGAAGUUAGACUAUUUCAAGAGUUCAGAAUAUCCACUUGAACUUUACUACGAACUCUACUAGUUGAACUUCCAACUCUAUCUGAAAUUAGGCUAUUGCUAGAGUUCAGAAUAUUUACUUGAACUUAACUAUAAACUUUCACUAGUUGAUUCGACUCGAUUCGAAAUGAGUUGAGAACAUCCACUUGAACUUUCACUACCUAGUUAAAUUACUAACUAAACUUGAAAUUUUAUAUUUCAAAUAACUUUAACUCAACUUUGAACAUUUCGUGAGUUGAUAUUACUAACUCACUUCGAAAUAAGAUUAUUUCAUGAGUUGGAGUUGUUAACUCAAUUUGAAAUAUAUUAUUAUUCCAUGAGUUUAAAAUAUCAACUCGAAUUUGGUUACGGCAUGACCUUUAUAGCAUUAUUGUUAAUAAUAUAUUAGCGUUACACUACCAGGACUUUCAAAGUUGAAGAUUUUUGUGAUCCUCACGAUACUUGUUAUUUGAUGAACUAAGCUCAUUAACUUUAGAAGAAUGAAUUUUAAUUAUAUUUAUAAAAAGUUUAUAUUUUGGAAGAUUUUCUGCUAUAAAUUUGUUUAAAUUAUUUAUUGUAAACAUUAUAAGAAAAUGCUAAUUAUUUUUGAGAGAAUGUAGAGAGAAAAAACGUUAAUUUCGUUAGGAGAAAGUAGUUUGAAGUAAGCUAAAAGUUCAUAUGCUAUGAAUUUCUAUACAUGAAACCAUUAUCAUAAUAAUUGAAAAAACGUUUCUUAUUACUUUGAUGAAAUAUGUAGAGAUCGUAUCGCUAUUAAGAUUGAACAACUCCAAUUUUGGCCUAAACUAGAUUUUGUCUUGACUAGAUAACGUCUUUACAAGCUAUAAAAAAUAGUAUGAAAUUUAUAGUUUUGUCAAUGUUUCCUUCUAACUAUAAUUAUGAUUGACGGUUUUUUCAUACAGUUUAUUUUCGCGGUUUGUAAAAUGGAGUUAGCCCGAUUACAUUCAAAGCCGAAUCUAAGAAUAUUAAUUAAACAUAGUUGGACUAAAACUUCUACCACCCAAUCUUGUAAACAUGUAAAUCAUAUUUCUUAAAAUAUCAAUAUUAAAUACAGUUGUUGAACUUCUGUAAAAUUUCUCAUAUAGCUGAAAGUUUUGAAACUUUGUCGAAAUCAAUAUUAAUUAUGAGGAAGUAAGCCAAUAAUUUUCAAAGAUGGUCAAUUGUUUUGAAUUCGUUAUUUGUAAGUUCCUUGUAAAGAUUAUGGCCUGUAUAAAUUUCUGGGUUGAUGAAUCUUCCAUUCAUGAGAAUCAGAUGAGUUGAGUAUUGAUGCAGUAUAACUUCCAUGUAUAGAACUAAUUUUUUACUCAAGUUUUGUGUACUAGAGUUUAAUGCUAAAAUCAAUGUAAGAACAUUGCAUCAUCUAUCUGAUAAUAUAAAUGAUUGUAGUAACAAAUCUAACAGCUUUCUCGCCUGCAGAUAAAUUUUUGAAUAAACGUUCUACUCUUUUCAUCAGAUUUAUAGAAUUUCUUGCAAUGAAAUAUUAGUACCGCGAAGAAUAAACUUUACUAAACUGUACUACAAGUUUAUACUCAAUGAGUGAAUCCUGUUUUUGUUAUUUUAUUUGUAUUACAUUUCAUAUUCUGGCUCAUUCCAUUGAUGAGUUCAACCAGUCUUCCUCUUAAUAGUAUUUUCCUCUUCAAAAGACCACAUCUACCGUCUUUACUUCGAAGAGUUUGUCUUUAAUCAUAAUUCAUCAAAUUUCAUAACUUCUAUGUAAAGAAUUCGCAUCACUUUUCCUAAUCUUCCAACUAACAAAUCUCGAAUGUUAUUCAUUUAAAAUAUAACUAAUACUAAACACUUGUUUUCUAUUCACUAUACCGCUAUCUAGAAUUUAUCAUUUAAUUCUUUUUUUUUCAUCCAAUUUGUAUAGAAUUGUAAAAUAGCUUUAAUAUUCUAAGUGUUGAAAUAUUGUCAUGUAUUUUUAUAUUCCUCUACUCCAGCAAAUGAACGCUUGACUAAAGACACUGAUGAUUUUAGAUUUUUUCCCUAAAUUACAGAAAUUCUGCGAGCAUUCUUGCUGUAUCAUAAUUUCAUUUCAUCCAACUCUUUUUCCAAUCAUAUUCUUUUUAAAUAACUUCUAAACGUAUUGCUUUUUUAAAUGUUUUUAUUUAACUAGAUGGUUUUUAUAAAUUUGUCCUUAAGUUUCAUCCUUGUUAUUUUUUAAUUCAUUGUAUGUUUAUAAUACUUUUUUAUUAAGGAUUUGUAUAAUAAAAUAACUGUAUCUACAUGAUUAGAAUUUAGAAUUGAUCCAUGCUUAUCCGGAACUAUCAUGCUCCUAAAAUAUUAUGCUUCUGAUGAAUUAGUUUUAAAUUGAUUUUUGUUGUUCUUGUAUUUCCGUUUUGAAUGUCUAGUCCUAAUGAAUAAGAUCAAUAUAAUUACUUCCCCAUCAGAAAUACUAUCACACUUGUACAAAUUUUACAUACACCGUUUUAGGGCUAUUAUUCUGAACUGAAAUGUACAGCUGCCGUAUAUUACUUGUAUAUUAAACAAGGAAGCUCGAUUCUUGAUAAGCUGAUGUUUAUUGCUGAAAAACCUAUAGGAAAGUUUGAGCAUUCAACUUUACAUAACUUUUAAUU